ACAGCAUUUUAGUCAAUUGUAGGAGACUAAUAGUAAAAUAAACAUGGCAAUGAAAUUAGCUCUCUUUGUUUCCCUUAUGGUUGCUGCACUAGCAGUUCCAAUCUCUAGAGCCCGACGCAUGGGUCACCUUAUCGAAAUCCACGGCACUGUGUAUUGCCCAGGCAACAGCAAUACAAAUGCCAGUGGUACCAACAAAGGCAUUUUCCCAGUCGCUGAAAUACAUGUCGUGUGCGAUGGAAAAGCGAUUUUGUAUUCCUAUACCGAUGCCAGCGGAGGAUUUUUGUUUACCAUCGAUUAUCAACGUUAUACGAUCCCUAAAAUAUUGAAGACUUGCAAAUUAGUGGUUAUCGCAGCCCUCACCAGGUGCCCCAAACCAUCUCCUUCUGCGGGGCACUUGGAAUCAAACUUAAAGUACAUGGGGGACUUAAUUGUUGGGGGGGAUCUUAAAGUUUCCAGCAUUGUUCCAGUGGGAUUUCAUGUCGUUCCCUAAGCUUCUGCAAUAAAAGCAUAAGAUGACUAAUGUUUGUAUUCAUGAAGAAGA